AUGUCGCGGUUACCUAGUAGUUUUGAUGUGGAGGAUGCUGAUGUGGAGGAAUUGUCGUUUGCGGACAAGAUUGUGUACCAUUGCAAGCAGCAACCGUUGGUGCCCAUUGGUACGCUGCUGACCACUGGUGCUGUUAUUUUGGCCGCGCAGAACAUGCGUAUAGGCAACAGGAAGAAGACGCAGUUCUACUUCAGGUGGAGAGUGGGUCUGCAGGCUGCGACGCUGGCCGCACUGGUUGCGGGGUCGUUCAUAUACGGUAAGGACAAGUACGACCAGAAGAAGAAGGAGGACCAGAUGAAGGAGAAGGCCAAGCUCAGGGAGCAAUUGUGGAUCAAGGAGCUGGAGCGCAGAGACGCCGAGGCCCAGGACCGUAAGAAGAAGGCCGAGGCCGCAAGAUUGAAGACCAAAGAGAACGAGGCUGCCAUCCAGAAACUCGAACAGGAAUUGAAGGAGCUGGAGGCCAAGGCGUCCAAGUGA